ACGUGACCGCGCGGCAGAGGCGACAUGAGCCCCCCGGCCUGCGCCCGCGCUGCCCGGCCCUCGGCCUCGCUGCCGUCGCUGCUGCUGCCGCUGCUGCUGCUGGCGCCGGCGCUGCGGGGCCUGCAGGAGACCGCCUACAGCGACCUGAACCCCGAGUUCCGCGAGGCCCACUUCGCGCAGCUCCUGGACCACUUCAACUUCGAGCGCUUCGGCAACCGGACGUUCAGCCAGCGGUUCCUGGUGUCGGACAAGUUCUGGAGCCCGGGCGAGGGCCCCGUCUUCUUCUACACGGGCAACGAGGGCGACGUGUGGGUCUUCGCCAACAACUCGGGCUUCAUCCUGGAGCUGGCCGCGCAGGAGGAGGCCCUGGUGGUGUUCGCAGAGCACCGCUACUACGGCAAGUCGCUGCCCUUCGGGGAGAACUCCACGCAGCGUGGCUACACGGAGCUGCUGACGGUGGAGCAGGCGCUGGCCGACUUCGCCGUCCUGAUCCAGGCCCUCCGCGUGGACCUGGGCUGCCCCGACCUCCCGGUCAUUGCCUUCGGCGGCAGCUAUGGGGGGAUGCUCAGCGCCUACAUGCGGAUCAAGUACCCCAACCUCGUGGCCGGGGCCCUCGCGGCCAGCGCACCCGUCCUCUCGGUCGCUGGCCUCGGAGACUCGCUACAGUUCUUCCACGACGUCUCAGCGGACUUUGAGGCCCAGUGCGCCGAGUGUGCCCAGGGCGUGCGGGAGGCUUUCAUGCAGAUCAGCGACUUGUUCCAGGACGGAGCCUUCGACAGGCUCAGCCAUGCCUUGGGCACUUGCCAGCUGCUGUCCAGCACAGACCACCUGACCCAGCUCUUUGGCUUUGCUCGAAACGCCUUCACCUUGCUGGCCAUGAUGGAUUAUCCCUACUCCACCGACUUCAUGGGCCAUCUGCCCGCCAACCCUGUGAAGGUCGCCUGUGAGCGGCUGCUGAGCACUCAGGACCGCCUCGAGGGGCUCAACUUACUGCUGGGGCUAGUGUACAACGCAUCUGGCAGGGAGCCCUGCUAUGACAUCUAUGAGCAGUACCAGGCCUGUGCUGACCCCACUGGCUGUGGCACCGGUUCUGACGCCCAGGCCUGGGACUACCAGGCCUGCACUGAGAUCAACCUCGUGUUCUCCAGUAACAAUGAAAGUGACUUCUUCCCAGCACUGCUCUUCACAGAACCACUGCGGCGCCACUACUGCGAGCACAAAUGGGGCGUGCGUCCCAGGCCCGACUGGCUCCGCACCAACUUUUGGGGUGCUGAUCUCAAAGCUGCCAGCAACAUCAUCUUCUCCAACGGUGACCUGGACCCCUGGGCACGGGGCGGGGUCCUGAGGAACCUUAGUCUGUCGCUCGUGGCCAUCAACAUCCAGGGUGGAGCUCAUCACCUGGACCUCAGGGGAACGCACUCGCAAGACCCAGCGUCUGUUCGAGAAGCACGCAAGAUGGAGGCCACCCUCAUCCACCAAUGGGUACAGGAAGCCCAGAAGAUCCGCAAGAGGUCAUGAGUGGAACAGAGAAAGGCAGAGCCAAGGCAGAACCAGGCCACAAGCAGCCAGCUAGGCUGAGUCUUUUUAAUAAAAACAGGGCAAACUGCU